AUGGAGAUCGAGCCGCCCCAGGCUGUGGAAGUUGUUGAUCCCGAAGUCCGGUCAUAUGUGUACAGCCUCGUCACCGCACUUGGCGGCACUGCUGGCGAUGAAACCGGGCAAUAUGUGCUGGGCGACGACGCGCUUGGUUGUCUACGCGACCUUAAAAAAUGGCUGAGAUUCUAUGAUGAAAAGCUCAAUCGCAUGGACGUUGCGCGAUGCCUCGCGGAAUGCAAGCUUGUCAACGGCGAUUUAGUGCCGAUCAUAUCGUUGUACGGUGAUGCAGAGCAAAGCGAUAAGCAUAAGGCAAGGAUUAUGCUGGCUUGCUUGGAAUUGCUUGUACCUUUAACAUGGCCCGUGGAGGUUCAUGGCCAGAUGACAUUCAAUCAUCACAGACACACGCCGUAUCUCCAGUAUUCUCAGGUCGAAUACAAACGCGGAAUCCUUGGGUUUGCACCUUCGCCAAUACUACGUGCACUUAUUCGGGUCGGUCUACCCAGCAUGGCGAUUCCACGAUCCGAAAGGUCUACCAGAGAUGAGGGGAUCAUAAGGCUUAUGUUAUAUUUUUUCCGAAAUAUUGCAGUUAUCACUUCACCGCCAAAUCUACCCAUAGAUAGCGAUGACGACAAAGCUACAAGGUCUGCAACUAUCAACGCCUUUCAACAGCAGGAUGUGUUUGCUCUCCUGUUGACCAUGUGCUCUAACAUGGGCAACGAUUUUACAUUUCAAGAUGUUAUCAUACUUGAAAUUUUAUUCAACCUAGUCAAAGGCGUCGAUGUUGACCAACUCUUCAAGCUUAACGAACGUGCCGGUACGAUCAAAACCGAUGACCUACAAGAUAUUUUGCAAAAGGAGGAUGAGUUGAAUCGGGAACAUUCUAAAAAUGCCCCGACCCGCCAUGGUCGAUUUGGGACUAUGAUCUGGUUCAAGAGAGACGAUGAAAAGCUUUCUACCGUUUCGGGCCAGGACGUGCUGAAAGGUGACAGAGCGACCUUUUUGAAAAUGGAUAAAACAAAAAAGUGGAACAAGCCGAAAUUUAAAAGGGAGGUGGUCGAUCCGUCGUCAAACAACUUCAAUCUGAAGGUCAGACUCACGUCGUCAGCUACAAAGCACUUGCGAACUUUUGUGGAAGAAUUUCUAGAUUCGGGAUUCAAUCCGUUGUUUACUCACCUCCGGAAGGCGAUUGAACGCGAAGCAGACCGUGUCACCGAGUCAACUUCUCGACAAUUCUGGUAUGCUGUCUCGUGGUUUUUACACGCUGAGCGGGCACGGCGAGGGCACCAGAAGAAAACACGUCAACGAAGUAAAGGAACAUCGAGAGAAAUCGAACCUGACAGCUUCUCUCUUGUGGCAAGUGUACUCAACCAGGAGACAUUCGUUGGCUUGAAUAGGUUCAUGCAGCACAGCAUCGAUUUCAAGGAUUGGCAAGAUCUUACCGCAGGGAUGAAAUGCCUCACACAAAUUCUAUUAACAGUGCAAGAGAUGGCAAUAUCCCCUCUUGAAGAAGACCAGGAAAUCGCAGAAAAUAUUCAAAGUCGGAUAUUCUAUGAGGAAACCACGCAUGAUCGGGUAUUGUCUAUUUUGCGGAAUCAUAGAGAUCAAGGGUUUUGGUACCUGGAUGCAUGCACGGAGCUUGCACACGUAUUCCUUCGAAUGCUUGAGCAGUACUCAAAACAGAAUGUCGACAUGCAGGUCCGGUCACGUAGACGAGCUCGCCGAAAGCAGGCUCAAGCGGCUGUCCCGAAUCAAAACGAAACUGAGGCAGGUGGCGAGCACGACUCCGAGACGGAGGAUAUCGCAGAAGCACACCGGACAGUGACUGAGAGAUCCUUUGACUUUAAACGAUUUUCAGUGAGAUUCUGCACACAGAAAUCUGUGGACACUUUUGUUGCUCUCACCAAGUACUACCGGGAAUUGGAUUCAGAACAGCUCAAGCGAGCGCACCGUUUUUUCUACAGAGUUGCAUUCAAGCAAGACAUGAGCGUUUUGCUUUUCCGUGUGGACAUUAUCUCGCUCCUUUUCAAAAUGAUCAAGGGCCCCGAAGGACUUGAUCCGUCGAAACCGCCAUUUAAGGAUUGGGAAGAACUUAUCCGCCAGAUAUUUAAGAAACUUGUUAGGAAGCUUGGUGAGCGUCCAGAAUUGGUUGUCGAGCUGUUGUUCAGCAAAAUCAACGCCACAGUAUUCUAUUUGGAGUACGGCCAUGAGAAGCAAACUAUGUCAGAGUCGAGACCAGCGACGGAGUUGGAGCUCAAACCUGGCAGUGCUUCAACUCUAGAUGAGAAGACACGAAUUGUUGUGUCUGCAUUGAUUCAGGAAGGCAAAAAGCCACUAGUUAAGUGGUUAUCUCAAGUGCUAGGCUCGGCUGCGAGUGAAAGGUUGAGUUGGGAAAUGGAAGCGGAAGCUAUGGCUACUUCAUCUCCAGAGGAGCAGUCGGACGGGUCAAAAGCUCCUUCGAUUGCGGUACUACCAGAAGAUGACGGAUGUCGCACCGCGAUGUUUAGGAAUGCACGUUUACGGCUCUUGAUGAGGUUAGCCGGCCUUGAGCGUUUGGAUGAGGACGUCCUUGGAGCAUCUUGGAUGAUUCCAUCGUCGGUACCAUCGUCAAAUUUGAAAGAGUACCACGAAUUAAUCGAAAAACAUUGUGAGAGUCCGGCAGAAGAUAUUGAUGGCGUAGACCCACGAGAUCUAAUGCGCCGUAAACGGACUGCUGCAGACACCAAUUCCUCUCGUCAUGAGUUUACCGAAAAUGUCAAUUUUGGAAGUGAUUCGGAAGGAGAAGAUGAUGGCGUUCUAUUCCCGCCAAAUCUCCCCGAAAGAUCCAAAGCCCUCAAAACACUUAAACAGAGGAGGCGACGGAGACGGAGGAGUGAUGACGCCGAAGAAAGUGGCCCAGAUGAGGCAGUCUUGGAGGCUCGACGGACUGCCCGAGAGAAGAAUGCCCUGGAACGCCAACGAAAGAUUAAAAGUGACCUUUAUGUUCACGCAAGUGAUGAUGAGUCCGAUGAAGAAGCAGACAUAGAGUUCUUCGCUAAAGAAGAGAUGAGACGACAGGCUCAAGCCCGGCGCGUGGCAGAAGCCCUGGAGACGGGAAUGCCAGAAAACAACACAACCAAAAAAAAAUCAAAGGCCAGCGCAGGCCGGAAGCGUAAGGUUAAACCAGUCCUCGAAUUGGAUGACGAUGACAGUGAAGCCAGCCCGCCGAAACGCCGACGUAGCGAUGAAGUAAUAGAGUCAGACAGCGACGGUGAGCUCAUGGUUGGCAUUGGGUCCACUUCACCUCGCCGGUCCCAGACGCCACCCACCUCAGCCGAUAAUAUCUUUGGAUCUGAGAAAUCCCCGAGCCCAAUGUUUCCCUGGAGUGUCGGCGUGGAUCAGAUGAUUGCCAAACUCCAGGGGAAAGAGGAGGCGUCUGCCGACAAUGGAGAAAGCAAUGAAGAUGAAGGCGAAGAUGUUCUGUCGGGAACAGGGCGUACUCGCCGACGGCGCACCAUGGGCGGCUUUGUUAUUGGUAGCGACUCCGAUUCAUGACGGACAUUCAACGAUAACGCUGUUCUGAUUAGUCUUGUUGCAUUUCAGGAGUGUAGUCGGCGUUAUCGGGUGUUAACUAUGCAUGAGUAGUAGUUAGUGCUUCGUUUAGAUGCGGGACUUUGUCGUGUUUGAUACCAGCUAGCGGCAAUGUCUAUAUAUGCAUGUGAAUUCUUUAAUGUUAGGUUCGAAGACGGC